AUGGCAUCAGUCAAGAUGGAAAUCUGGAAGAGUUCGCCAACGAAGGCGGUGAUCGCAAGGAUGUGUUUUUCUACCAGGUACGACAGCAUUGAGAGCGCCAUUUCGACGGAGAAGCAUGGGGGAUUUACCUCACUCACCAUUAUACAGAGCGACGACACACGGUAUAUCCCUCGCGCGAUCUUGUUGGACCUAGAACCCCGAGUCCUGAACAGCAUUCAAUCCGGACCGUACCGAAACAUCUACAACCCCGAAAACUUCUUCAUCGGACAGCAGGGCAUUGGUGCGGGAAAUAACUGGGGAGCGGGUUAUGCGGCCGGAGAGGUGGUGCAAGAGGAGAUUUUCGAUAUGAUCGACCGAGAGGCAGAUGGGAGUGACUCGCUGGAGGGAUUCAUGUUUCUGCACUCCAUUGCUGGAGGUACGGGCUCGGGCCUGGGCAGUUUCAUCCUCGAACGCAUGAACGAUCGGUUCCCCAAGAAGUUGAUCCAGACAUACUCCGUCUUUCCGGAUACGCAAUCGGCAGAUGUGGUUGUCAACCCCUACAACAGUUUACUGGCGAUGAGACGACUGUCGCAGAACGCCGACUCUGUGGUGGUAUUGGAUAACGCCGCGUUGUCUCGAAUUGUUGCAGACCGACUCCAUGUUCAGGAGCCUUCAUUCCAACAGACCAACCAGCUUGUCUCAACGGUCAUGUCUGCUUCUACGACCACCCUUCGAUACCCCGGAUACAUGCACAACGACCUCUGUGGCAUUGUCGCCUCUCUCAUCCCUACGCCCCGCAGCCACUUCCUCAUCACCUCGUACACCCCGUUCACGGGCGACAACAUCGACCAAGCCAAGACGGUGCGCAAGACGACAGUGCUAGAUGUCAUGCGUCGGUUGCUGCAGCCCAAGAAUCGCAUGGUCUCAAUCAAUCCCAGCAAAUCCAGCUGCUACAUCAGCAUCCUCAAUAUAAUCCAGGGUGAAGCGGAUCCCACCGACGUGCACAAGUCGCUGCUUCGAAUCCGUGAACGACGGCUGGCCUCGUUUAUCCCAUGGGGCCCGGCGAGUAUCCAAGUUGCGCUGACGAAGAAGUCGCCCUAUGUCCAGAACACGCACCGGGUCAGCGGGCUGAUGUUGGCGAACCACACGUCCGUGGCGACACUAUUCAAGCGGAUCGUGCAGCAGUAUGACCGUCUGCGAAAGCGCGGGGCAUUCUUGGAACAGUAUAAGAAGGAGAGUCCCUUUACCGAUGGGCUGGGAGAGUUUGACGAGGCGCGGGCGGUGGUGAUGGAUUUGGUGGGUGAGUAUGAAGCGGCGGAGAAGGAGACUUACCUCGAUCCGGAUGCCGGAAAGGAGAAGGAGUUGGGAGUGUAA